AUGUUCCAAUACCUGACCCUUAUCUUGCUAAUUGGGGCGUGCGUCGCCAACGAUGACGACGCCCACGCAAGGGUGGCAAAUCAGUACAAAAAGGAGGAUGGACACGGCAAGUUUGCCUAUGGCUUUGACAUAACCAACGGCAUUGGAGUCGGAGAGGCUGGUAAUGAACACCAGGUGCACGGGGAGUACCACUUCAAAUCAAAGGAGGGACAGCCCGUGAAGAUUUCCUAUACCGCCGAUGAGAAUGGCUAUCAUCCGCACGGGGAUCUUCUGCCCACACCUCCGCCCACUCCAGCGGCGAUCCUUAAGGCGCUGGCUUACAUUGAUUCCCAUUCGCACAGGGAUCAGCACUCGCAGCCACGACCAGUGCAUCCAACAGUCCGCCCGCAUGGACAUCGACUUCACUAAGCCCUUGAAUGACUCAUAUUCCGCCCAAUGCG